AUGGCCACAUACAUAUUUUAAUCUUCUUUCACUACAUAUUUCGCUUUUUUUUUUUUUUCGUGUGAGACCAUAAGAGUUUAAGUAACCUUCAUGGUACACACAAAAUUCUGAAUUCACCACUCAUCGCUUAUUUUUGAAGUUUUUGUUUAUUAAAAAAAAAAAGGAUCUCCUUUAGUCAUCUCAGUUUAUUUAUCAAAAUGAAAGCGGAUUCUUCAAUUAAACAACGUUGCAAACAACGUUACAGACUACGUCAAUUCCAAGGAACACCUCGUUCACAGCAUAAUAAUAACAAUAGUAAUAGUAGUAGGAAUAUUUCACGAGACUUGUCCACGUCGACUGAUGUCAUUUUAUCUCCAAUAGGUUCUUCAGUAUCACAAUUAACUCCCUUAUCACAAAAAGAAAAUACAACUUUAUUAUCUCUUCCAGCUGAAUUAAUUACUCGAAUUUCAUAUAACCUUACUUUACCAGAAUAUUCACGUUUUUCACGAACAUGUAAAUACCUUGGCAAUCAUUUUCAAAAAGAACUUAUCUUAUUUCUUAGAUAUGUCUAUGGGCUUUCUGUUAAGUCGGGCUCCUUAGUUCUAUAUGCAUAUGGAGCUCAUUUACAAUAUCGUGCACCAAAAUUACUCGAUCGAAUUUUAGAUGAGUUUUUUGUUGAUGCUAAUGAUGCUCCAAACUCUGGACCUAAUAAUAAUAAAGUUUCACCGACUUCGCGUCAAACAAACUCACGAUGGCCUACAUAUUGGUCAGUUUUAUAUUCACUUGAUAAAGCACCUAAUAUAGAUCCACCUGUUAUUAAUACUAAUACUUCAGGAAUAGGUUCUUGUUGUAAUGAAUGUUAUUUUCAACCAAAUCAGAACAUGCCAUGUUAUAAGUGUGCUUCAACUCAAUAUCAAGGUUCAGAGUUAAUGACGAAUCCAAAUCCGAAAUUGCAAUUCCUUCAAAAAUAUGCUGCAAGAAUGAAUGCAAAAUUUGCGGGUCGUUCUGGAAGAUCUGUACCGGGUGAAAGAUCACAUAAUAAUAGUCGUCGAAAUGAAUGGCUCAUCACUGACGUGAGACUUAAAAAAACAUAUAAUAUGUUGAUAAUGCAAAACAUUCGUUAUGGUGAUGUCACUCUUUUAAGAUUUUAUCUUGACAAAUAUGGUGCACCUAUCAAUGCACAAGUGACAUUUUCACAAGAGGAACAAGUAUACCUUGGAGCUGACAGUGAAUUAAUGAAAUUAUUAGAUGAAUACCGCAUACGCGUUGUUCUAACCCCUUGAUUCUAAUAGGGUAUCGAAUACUUAUUAUUUUAUUAUUAUUAUUAUCAUUAUUAUUAUCAUUAUUAUAUCAUUAUUUACUUUUUAUUGUUUAUUUGCAUUAUCUUUAUUUUAUUUUAAAAACUUGAACUUUAUUAACAAUUUAUUUUUAUUUUAUUUGGUUCGCUUUACUUAUCUCAGCAUUAAGUAUUUAUCUAUAGAACCUUCCUCUCUUGAUAUCUAUUUCUUUAUAUUACCACAUAGAACUUUAUAACCUAUUCAAGUUUCUUUCCUUUUGACAAAUUGUACAAAACCCAAAAAAAAAUUUUAAUUCAAAGAGAUAUUUUUUCUCUGCUUACAAUAUGAAGAUUUAUUUUAAUAUUAAAUAGUUAUUAGCUGAUUAAAUAUAAAAUCCAUAGUAUUAUAU